AUGUCACCAACUUGCACUGGGAUUGAGGAGGAGAAGGGUGAGAAGGAGUCCAAGGGCAAAAGUGAAUCUGAGGAUGAAAAGAAACAUGGCCUGGCCACCCACUCCAACAAAUGCUUGAGGCUUACAUGCAGCCUGCAAACAUCACUGCCCACCACAAAUCAAGGGAGCAGCCAGCCUGUUUCCUGUUACAUGCCACGCAAUGCCCACCACAUGUGCACACCGAUCCAGAAUAUUCAGACUCCUUCUCUUGUUGCUGCAGUGGAGCUGUCCGUCAUCUCAGGCACCCAGUUGCAACCAACAAAAAAAGAUUGUCUUGCUACUAGGUCUUCGUUGAAUAGUGUGAGGCUAAGCCAUUGCAGCUCACUUAGGAAACAGAUCUGAUAAAAUCAACCAAACCUCAAUGAACUCUAAUACCUGCUACUGCGCACCAUGUCAUCUCCUUCUAAUCUGUACUUUCAUUACCCCCAAAAUCUGUGUUGAUUUUCCCUUCAUCCAAAACCAUUCUCAGAUAGGUC